UCCUACCUGAGAUCUCCCGGCGUGUUCAGGCCGCCAGGCGUGUCUGCGCUCGACUGAUGGGGAUUCCGGUUUUUCCAGUCGUCUCCUCCCUGUUUAAGUUGCAGGAGGUCUGACUCCUCUUCAGUGUCAGCGGCAGCAGCGGCAGGAGCAGCAACUAGAGCAUCAGGAUGGCAUCCAACACGGCAACCAUGGGGAACCUUCCCAGCGGAACGGCAGUUUGUACAACCAUACCCGACAUCCUCUACAUCCCUGAACUGAUCUUUGGUGGUUUGGUGUGGAUCCUGGUUGCAUGCACAUACGUGGUGCCGCACAAUCCCCAGGCCUGGGUCAUGUUUGUCUCCAUCUUCUGCUUUACUAUGACUUUCAUCUGGCUGUUUAUAUUCGCCUGCGGUACUCACAACAACAGGGGCAACUGGGCAGCAGCGGACUUUGUUUACCAUGGCAUUGCAGCCAUGCUCUACCUCAGCGCUUCAGUGCACCUGGCUAAAGUGACUUUGGAUAUGAACAACCCCCAAACAGCUACAGACUCAAAGAACUACAAGCUGGACAUCUCUGCUGUGGUGUUCUCGUACACAGCGACACUCCUGUACUUUGUCCACACCAUCCUGUCCGCCAUUCGAUGGAAGUCUUUCUAAAAGUUUCCUUCUUCCUGAGCUGCAUCAGACAUCAAUUUAAUCUUUUCUGCACAAAUCAUGAAGCUCAUCCCUUCAGGACCAUCUGCUGCUGGACGACUCAUGGACUUUGAGAAUAUCAUUAAAAUAAUGACUCAAGAACACGAAGUUUAGGAAUUCACUUUCCUCUGAAAGCCUCAUUAACUGUUGUAAAAGUUUAUUUGAUCAUUGGUUCAUAAAGAUACAGGAAGACCUGAAGGUUUAAAUUAAAAGGUUAAGAUAAAAAGAAGCUUAGUUUCAUUUAACUUUCCAUUUGAAAGGUCAAUUUAUUUUUCUUUUUGUAUUUUUGUGUUUUUUUGAAUAGCUCACUUUAAGAACAAACCUACAGUUUACAACCAAGAGCUCCUAAAAGCUUCACCAAUCAGGUGCAUUCCUUUCAGCUCAGAUGUUUCUGGAUUUUUUUUUUGUUUGUUUUUUUGUUUAUUAAAUCCUUUUGUUCUAAAAUUCUUCUUUCACUUUAAAUUGAUUAAGCUGCUCUGGGUAUUUAUUUUUAUAUUUUUAUAAAAGUAUUGUGCUGUCAAAUACAAGAAAAAUGGUCAAAAUGAAAACUCUAUUGUAAAAUAACAUGAUUGGAAGCAAAAAAGUCUUUUUGAUCCUUUGCUGACUUUUUUGUAAUUCUUUACAAAGCCAAUAAAAUGACAAGUAGAAAUAA